UUUACAUCCAGUAUUCACCGACUCCCCGAAGCCGACGACGUCGUCUUCACCGCCACAAAACACCCCCCCAAAACCCUAAAACCCUCCUCACUCCUCGUCCUUCGUUUUGUUCGUCACACUCACACACCCUCAGACUCCCUCUAUUCGAAUGCCUUCACGCUACAGGCUGUGUUAAUCAUGCUUCUUUGACAGAAAUCAAACUCGUUUUCUGCAAAUAACAGGGGGCUGUUCUCCUUUGCAACUCCUUGUGUCAACACUACUAAGGACCGGGGCGGGCGGAACUCAGUUCAGUCGGUAGCAAUACUAAAAGAAGAAUCUUUCUUCUUUGUGUUUUUUGGGUCUGCUCACAGAAAAAUAGAUGAGGGUAAAAAAGCAGAGGCGUCACAGGAAGAGUGUGAGGUUCUACACAGCGUGCUUUGGGUUCAGACAGCCCUUCAAGAUCCUAUGUGAUGGUACCUUUGUGCACCACCUUAUUGCCAAUAAUAUCAAACCUGCCGACAAUGCUCUCUCCACCAUCCUCACUGGUGCCCCUGUCAAACUCUUCACCACCAGAUGUGUUCUUGCUGAGUUGAAACGACUUGGUAGCUCCUAUUAUCAAGCCCUUGAGGCUGCUCAUCAGCUCAUUACUGCCAGAUGUGAUCAUGAGAAAAGUAGAAGUGCUGAUGCUUGCAUCACGGAGAUUAUUGGACAGAAUAAUCCUGAGCACUUUUUUGUUGCUAGUCAGGACACUGAUCUGCGGAAGAAGUUUCACGAGGUUCCAGGAGUCCCUGUCAUAUUUGCUUUAAGAAAUUCUCUUUUCCUUGAACCUCCAUCUUCGUUUCAACGUCAGUUUGUCAAAACUUCUGAACAAGAACGCAUGCAUAUGACCGAGCGGGAAUAUAAGAUGUUACAGAAGACUAGGUCAGCUGAUGAGGAAGCAAAUGAUUCUUCUAGUGAAAAGGAAGCUGUUGUGGACCAAAAAAUAGGGAUGCAGGAUUUAGCAAAGCCACAAACUGCAAGAAAGGGAAUGGAUGUGAAGGAUAAAGUUCAAUUUAAGAGAAAGAAAGCAAAGGGCCCAAACCCACUUUCAUGUAAGAAGAAGAAGAGCUGUGAAAAACCAAGUGUUGUUUUGGAGAAGGUAAAGAAAGAUGGAGAAAAUUCUGUGAGAAGCAGAAGGAAAAGGAAGAGAUCACGCGGAGGCAAAAAGCUGGCAGAGAAAGAUGGUUAAUGUUGCUACUUGCUACACUCAAUGCCGGAUCUUAAGUUAGGGCAAAGUGGGGUAUGGAAAAUUGCAUUAUUCUUCUUACUUGGGACAAGGGUGUCCACUACAGACAUUGACAUCUGAUUCAUGAGAGAUUAUGAUGAGAAAGAGCGGACUAGAAAAUACAUAAUAGAUUUGGGAUUUAUGGGACUGACUUGUUUUUGCGUUGUUGUUGCUGUUUGGGACCGUGGGUGUACAUCUUUUUAAUUACAUUACAAUUUGAAAUCUAAUUAUCUGACCCAAAUUAAUUUGGAUA